AUGUGCUACGUAGCGUAUGGCUCAGGCACUUGGACGGAAAAGAUCAUCAGCGAAAUCAAGGCUGUACGGUUGCUCGUCCCUAGACGACCGACGGAUGCAGAAGUGCGCCGCAUCACAGCUGCGGUUACAAACGAUUGGAGGCUAGAUCAGGCAGCGCAGAUUCUGGGCCAGGCCAGUGUGCUGGUGGGAGCGCACGGAUCGGGACUGGCUAACAUGAUUUGGAUGUCGCCGGGGAGGGGCGGAGUGCUGGAGGUGAAGGGGGGAGACAGGGAACGGGGGGGAAGGGGGGAAGUCACGCUGCACCACAACUCGGCCGGCAACGACCACUACCACAACCUGGCUCAUCUGUUGGGUCACAAGUACCUCAAUGUGGACAGCGACGGCGACCGCGUGGAUCUGGGGGCGGUGGCGGAGGGGCUGAGGAAGCUGCUAGACGCGCAGGGGGCCGCGGCCCCUACAGACCUCCGCACCAGCUUCAUGGUGCAGUACAAAAGCAGCACGGGCCAUCUCCAUUUGGCAUCCCCCGACCGGAACGAGAUCCUUCUGGCCUUGCUCCCCAAAGUCGCUGUCAGCGCUUCAACAGCGCCGACGGCCGACUCUGCGGCGGCUUCACCCGCCGCUGCCGCCACCGCCGCCACCACCGCAGCAGCAACUCCGGCUUGGACCAAUUCGGAAGGGACGACAGUCGCCGCGCUGACGGCCCCCACCAUGACGGCACCGCUCCGACCUGAGAUCCUGGCGGAGGACGCGUGGCCCACGGCCUUCGCCGCCGCCAAGGGCGCCCGCCGCGGCCGUUGCAAGUUACAGCUACAGCUUAACACUGAGCUUCACGUGACACGUCACACAGCUCGUCUGGAGGGACUUCGGCCGCUCAUGACCAGAUGGGGCGUCCGUAACAAAGAAAUGCUGACGCUGACGUUGCGGUACGACGGCCGGCUGCUCCUGUCCCGUCAGAGGCCGCCAGGCGCCGCAGAAGCUCCCGCGACGAUGGUGGCUGUAGCGGCGAAAGCGGCAGCAGUGGGCAGUGGCGUACCGCUACAGCCGGAGCCGGCCGCGGCGCCGCCGCCGGUGUGCCUCUGCCGGCGUCGCGGCUCCUUGCUACAGCUACCCAAUGAGGCAGUAGCAUGGCAUUUUGCUGACCUGGCGGCGGCGGUUGCAGCGAAGGGGCCGCAGCCGGUGGAGGGUCUGUGGGCGGCUGUGGCAGGGACGCCGCCGCCGCCGCAGCCAGGUGCUCAAGGACAUGAUGAAGACCCACGGGUCGCGCUGCCGCAGUCCGGCAGUCUGGUUGAACUGCGCGGUGUGUCCUUGUGCGCACCUAAAUUGGGUAGAUGCAGAAUAUUCGCUCUGCAGGGUCUGCGGACGGUAAUGGGGAGUUGGGGCUUGGCGGAUGGCGCCAUGGUGCAGCUACAACCGUGUACGACAGGAAACAGCAGUAGCCAUACCAGCAGUAGUAGCGGCGUGCAAAAGCUGGUUUUGGCACCGCUGCGCUCAAUGCAGGUUCAGGCUACAGCCGAUCCGCCUGGGCCUAUCCGAAACCCAGCAGUAGCGGGGCCGAGCCGCGCCGCCGCCGUCGCCGUCGCCGUCGGAUCCGUCGGAUCUGUAGGGGCAAGUAAGGGAAGCGCUUCAGCUGACGGAAACGCCGCCGCGGCUGUAGCUUCUGCAGGCGGCGCCGCCGGGACCUUACAGGACACGCCUUGUGACGCAGUUGCUGUAGCAGACGGUGGCGGCGUCAGGGUCGCUGUGGCAGGUCGCCGCGCCGCCGCUGACGCUGGCGGCAAUGGCGGCGGCAGCGGUGGUGGUAGUACGGCUUUCGCGACGACGGCGACGGCGCCCUUGGCACUGCCGCAGGCUACUACAGCGCCGUCGCAGAUGGCUGUAGCAGCACCCAACCCGUCGUCGCUGUCGACUUCAAUGCUACAGCCACGGCAUUUGCAAACAGCCACGUUGCCAACAGUACAGUACCAACAGCCACAACUGCAGCUACAACCGCUGCCGCUGCUAACAGCAACAAAAGGGGUCGUGGAGGAGGGGGAGGAGGUGGACGAGGCGGAAGAGACUGAGAAUGCGAUGCAGGUUGAGGAGGUGCAGCCGCAGCCACCGCCGUCGGAGUCCGAGUCGGGCCUUGUGCCUGCGGGGACAGGCCAACAUCUCCAUUGGGGCCAUAUGCCAUGCGAUGAGCUGGCAAUGGCGGGUCCGCUGGCGUCGACGGAUGAAUCCCCGCUGCCGCUGCUACGGGACCCCGGAUUGGAUAUCCAUUAUGAGGAUCCCUGUACGGCACAUGUACGGCACUUCCUGGCGGCGGCAACGGAGGUAAGCCCGGCCUCCCCAGACUCCAUGAUUCUGACGCCGCGGGUUGGCGGAAGCUGCUGCUCGACGGAACAGCUGCCGUGGGCUGUAGCUGAAAUGGCGGCAGCGGACGCGCGCUUGCUCUUGAUGGUGCGUGAGGCCAAGGGGGACGAGGGGGGUGAGGAGGUGGAGGCGGUCAACGGUCAGCAGGAGGAGGUCAUAGGGCCCUUAUCGGAGAUCGCGGCGAUCCUCCUAGCGGAAGGUAUUUCACCGGUAGUGCUGCAGCAAAUGCUGCCGCCAGGCCAGCCCGCGUCGCCGCCGCCGCCGCCGCUGCCGCCGCCGCUAUCACCACGGCAGCUGCAGGAGGGAGUUUCAUUCCCCACGGUUCCCCAAGUACCAGAGGAGGCGCGGCAGUGGCAGCCGCCGCUACCACUGCUGCCGUACGCCGCGGCAGCGGAUGGUGCUGUACAGCCGGCGGCGGCAAUCCCGGCGUACGACGGUCAAUGGGUUGCGCUACCAGGCUGUGCACCGCCGCCACCACGGCGGCCGGGGGGAAGCGCCGGCAGCGGCCGGGCCGCCGCCAAGCGGGGACCAUCAUCGGCGACUGCGGGUUCCAUGUACGACAAUGACUGGGCUCCCGCCAGCUCAGGCAGGUGUACGGCGUCUGCUGUCGCUACGGAUGUCACACAUCGCCGCCCCUCGAGCAAGCGUCGUCGUAAAAAUGACGGUACGUUCAAACCGUCCAAACCGGCGCUGGCGAAUGUGCAGCAUAUACCGGCCGUACAGCCCGCGUCGUCGUCGCCGACGCUCGUACAACCCCUACCGUCGGCAUGCAGCCUCCACCGCGCCGUACAGCCUCCGCCUCCGCCGGCGUCGAGGGCUCGUUUCUCCGUGCUUGGCCGUGACCUCCCGAAUGAGUACAGCCGAAGUGGUGCAGCCCUCGACUCCUCGCUGGCCAGCAGCAGCUCCACAGAGUCCCAGUACCCGCUAUACACCGCCCAGUCCAGCGGUGUGCGCCCGGAACCGUCGGCAGGCAGAGGGGCCGAGGUGAUGACCACCGCACCCUUUUCCAGCAGGACCUCAAGGAAGCCUGCCCCAAUACUUCCGUGGUUCACCGCCCUUCCAGCAGAGCCAGCAAAACGAAACAGCAGUAUUAAGAAAGGCAACCGCAGUGUUCAGUACCAGUAG